AUGUCUUCCCCCACCGUGGAUGCCUUUUUCAAUCGCCUCGGCUCAAUAGUCACAAUCGGAUUUCUAACAAUCUGGAUCCUCGUUACAGUUGGAUUCAUCUACAUCGACAUUGAAGACUCAAGCUGGAGACUCUUCGAAACCUUCUUAUCAAUCAGUCUCUUUACAUAUCUCAUCUUCCGAAUGAUCGUGGCAUGCACAAACACCAAGCCCGAUUCAAUUGUCUACCGCCUCACAACUGCCCACCGUCGCUCACGCCGAGGCGCCCUAGCAGUCCUCGUGUGCGCUUGUUCCUGGAUCUACGGGCUAUUCUUCAAACUCUUGACGCUGUUUCUAGUCAACUGGUUUUUCAUAAUGACAUUUUCUGCCCAUCUUUACCCGGAAUUCUUUGAUCAAAUGGAGGAGGUUUCACUGCCGGAUUCAGAGAGCCCUGGCUCCGGUGUCGAGGUGCAGAACGCGAGAUAUAGGUUCAACAAGGAGGAAUAUUUCGAUGCAAUGGAGCAUAUGAAGGAGGAAGCGGGCUUUGAUCCUGUUCAAGCGCUUGGCUGGAUUCCGCCGCGCGUCUUGUCAUGCUGCUUUGCUCUUGUGUGGUUUUCAUGCUGUACACUGACGCUCUAUGUUCUCCGCCUUUGUUGGAAAUCAAUCAGGGUCGCCUUUGGACCUUCUUCGUCACCUUCUGCUCCACCAAAGACGCAUGUGGUUUAG